UCAAGGAUUCGCGACGUCUCUCUCGGUCGUUGCGUCUGGCCGCAAUCCAUUUUCGAAGUUGUAGCAAUUAUUAAAUUAUAAGUAGGGCCAUGCAUUUCAUCAAGCAUCUUGCGUGCAUCGAUAUCAAUCGACCGACACCACUAAAGAGAGCCCGGACAUACCGGAGCUUAUCGGGAGAGCGAGUUACGAUGGCCACGGAGGAGACGAAGAUGCCGUUACGAAGGGCGGCGGAGGGAAAGGAAGAGGAGAAGGAAGAGUACGAGGACCUGCUUCCGGCGAUGGCGGAGAAGCUGGAGGCGGAUGACUUCGUCUCCGAGCUGUGCGGGGGGUUCCGGCUUCUGGCCGAUGCGGAUCGGGGGGCGAUCACGGCGGAAAGCUUGAGGCGGCAUGCGGCCAUGCUUGGGAUGGCGGGGAUGACGGCGGAGGAGGCGGAGGCGAUGGUACGGGAGGGCGAUCUCAACGGUGAUGGAGUUCUCAACGAGGCUGAGUUCUGCAUACUGAUGGUUCGGCUUAGUCCUGGCAUGAUGGACGACGCUGAGGCUUGGCUCGAGAAGGCUAUUGCUCGUGAACUUCUACUUCACCACCAUCACGCGGACACCUGAUUUGAUGUUUUGACUUCAAAUCCGAUCGAUCUCGAUUUCGAUUUGGAGGACUGAUCUGCUUGUUCUUCUUACUGGUUUUCUGUACUCUGUUCUUAUAAAUAAUGGAGUUUUGAAUUCCAAGCUCUUACUUGGAUCGACGUGGAUAA